AUGAACGGACCAUCAGGUUCUACUACUGCGACACAGUCCACUACUGAAUCCAACGUUGAUAUCAAGAAGAAGCAGCAGCAGGAAGCUCCUACUCCUCAGAACACCCCCAUCUUCUCUGCCCCUAUCAGCCGCCCCGCUGCUACUGUUGAGGACGAUAUGGAGACCAUCCAGACCCCUGGCACCUCCUUGUUGGGUAACAACGCUCAGCUCAUGUCGAUGUUGCAGGGCCGUCUCGGUAACUUGGUCGGUGCCCCUUCCAACUACCUCUCGACCUUGGGCCCCGAUGUCCGCCGUCGUGUCAAGGGCUUGAAGUCCCUCCAGAACAAGCACUCUGUCUUGGAGGCUGACUUCCAGAAAGAGAUCCUUGCCUUGGAGAAGAAGUACCUCGCCCUCUACACUCCUCUCUACGAGAAGCGUGCUGAGUUCAUCAGCGGCAAGGCCGAGCCCACCGAGGCUGAGGUCGAGGAUGGCGUCAGCGAAGACGAGGAAGAGGGGGAUGAGGAAGAGGAUGAUGAGGACAAGGACAUUGAGAAGGUUGAAGGUAUUCCCGAGUUCUGGCUCACUGCCUUGAAGUCGCACCCCCACUUUGCCGACAUCAUCACCGAGAAGGACGAGGAGGCUUUGAAGCACUUGGUCGACAUCCGCAUGUCCUACUUUGACAAGCCCGGCUUCCGCCUUGACUUUGAGUUCUCCCCCAACGAGUUCUUCACCAACACCAUCCUGACAAAGACCUACUUCUACCAGGAUGAGCCCGGAUAUGGCGGCGACUUUGUGUACGACCACGCCGAGGGCACCAAGAUUGACUGGAAGGAGGGCAAGGACAUGUCAGUCACCAUCGAGACCAAGAAGCAGCGCCACAAGGGAACCAACAAGACCCGUGUGGUCAAGAAGACCGUCCCCGCUGAGACCUUCUUCUCCUUCUUCGCUCCCCCAGUUGCCCCCGAGGACGAGGACGAUGAGGAAGAGAUGGACGAAGACUUGGACGAGAAGCUCGAAGCUGACUAUGGUUUGGGCGAGGAGCUCAAGGACUCUGUCAUCCCCCGUGCUGUCGACUGGUUCACUGGCAAGGCUCUCCAAUACCAGGACCAGGGUGACCAGUACGACGAUGACUUUGAGUACGACGAUGAGGAGGGCAGCGAUGACAAUGAUGAGGAUGAUGAUGAUGAGGACGACGACAACGAGUUGCCUGCAAAGGAUGAAAAAGCCCCCGAGUGCAAGCAGCAAUAG